AUUUCCUAUACUCUUCCUCCGAUGAUGACCACGGAAGGCUCACUAGACUCUUUUUCGGAACCUAAACAGCCGCAAAGCACAGUGUGAUUAGUGUAAAAUCAAAACUCUAGUUCUUGUAGCCAAUAAAGAUACAGAACCUAUUCACAUCAAAUCUGCUGAGGUUUGUCCUAAUUUCCUAGUACUAUUUUUGCUGAAACUCCAUUAAUCAAUCCUUUUUAGCUUUCUUUAUAAAACUUCAUCAAGAUCCAAUCUUUUCUUCAAAUCCUGUCCUUGUUCCCUCAGAUAAUAUCAAUAUACAAUUUUUCCUAGCUACCCUUUGUUCCUUUCGAUUUCAUCUAUGUUCUUCUCUGCAGCCAGACAUUCUUUUUGGUUACUCAUCAACUUCAAGAUUCAAUUUUUAUUUGUUACUUAAGGGUAAAUCUCAGAUCAGAGGUGCGUGAACCCUAAUAUUAGUUCUCUCCUAUUUUUUCACUUUCACUUCCAAAUUUAGCUUCUUGUUAUUAAUUGUAUACAUGAAGGAAUUGAAUUCAACAACAGACCCAAUUGGGCAAAACUUAAUAAAGAGUAUAAGCAAUGUGUGCUUCUCAGUUUUUGUUUUCUCAGUGCUUAUAUUUACUAUAGUUGCUAUCACAUAUCAACCUCCUGAUCCAUGGGAAUCAUCUAGAGCCCUAACUAUGGUCUUCACUCAAGUUGAAAAUGCCACUUUCAAAGGUGACAAUUCUGUCCUCAAAACCGGUGAGGAUGUUGAUAAUGCUCCACCUGUAGGGGCUUUUUCUUUAGUGCCAAUAACUGAAGCUUCUAUUGAGAAAUCUGAAGAGAAGCUGCCAGCUGAGAUUCUAAAAUCAGGAUGUGAUGAGAAUUUAGUUGUUAAUUGUUCAGAUCCAAGGGUGUUGAUCACCAUUGAGAGAUUCAAUUUGAGGGCUUUCAAGUCCAUUGCCUUUUUGGAUUAUCAAACUCCCGUGAAUGGGUCAAAACGCGAUGAGUGUGAUGUGGCAUGGAGGUUUAGAAACAAGAAAGAGAAAUCUUGGAGGAAGUACAGGGAUUUCAGGAGGUUUAGGAUUGGGUUUACUGAUGAUUGUAGUUACAAAGUAGUUCAUGCAGGUCGUUGGCAUUCAGGGGUAAAUGCACGGCGUCCAAGAAUCCGAGUUAACAGAAUUGCUCCACCCGUUCGAGACGAGGAUAUCAAUGAUACACUUCCAGUCAUCGGAUCAGAUUCAGCUUUUAGAGACGGGAGAUACUUAUACUAUUCUCGUGGUGGUGAUUACUGUAAAGGAAUGAACCAAUAUCUAUGGAGUUUUUUAUGUGCUUUGGGUGAGGCUCAGUACUUGAAUCGGACGUUUGUGAUGGACUUGAGUGUGUGUUUGGCAUCCUCAUACACUCAGAGUCAUACGGAUGAGGAAGGGAAGGACUUUAGAUUCUAUUUUGAUUUUGAGCAUUUGAAAGAGGUUGCAUCCAUUGUCGAGGAAGAAGACUUCAUUAAAGAUUGGAAGAGAUGGGAUAAAACUCAUAAGAAGAGAAUCUCUGUAAGAAAAGUUGCAAACUAUAAAGUGUCACCCAUGCAACUAAGGAAGGACAAGAGCACAAUUAUAUGGAGGCAGUUUGAUGGCCCUGAGCCAGAGAACUAUUGGUAUCGUGUUUGUGAAGGGCCUGCUGGUAAAUACAUCCAGAGGCCAUGGCACUCUUUAUGGAAAUCAAAGAGAUUGAUGAAUAUAGUUACUGAGAUUAGUGGAAGUAUGGACUGGGAUUAUGACGCUGUUCAUGUUGUUCGUGGAGAGAAAGCUCAGAAUAAGGAGUUAUGGCCCAAUCUGGAUGCUGAUACAUCUCCAGAUUCCCUUGCCACAAAGCUUCAAGGAAUGAUAACACCUUGGAGGAUCUUGUAUGUUGCCACAAAUGAACCCUUCUAUAAUUAUUUUGAUAAACUUAGAUCUCACUACAAGGUACAUUUGCUUGACGAUUACAAGUAUUUAUGGAGUAAUACAAGUGAGUGGUACAAUGAAACAACACAACUGAAUAGCGGACGCCCUGUUGAAUUCGACGGAUAUAUGAGGGUUGAAGUGGACACCGAGGUCCUCUAUAGAGCAAAGACUCAGGUGGAGACAUUUUAUAACUUGACAAAGGACUGUAAGGAUGGGAUUAACACGUGUUAAACAACUUAAGAUAUUUACUGCGGUUUAUACGUUGAUUCAAACAUCUUUUUGCCUGUCUUUUUACAAUUUAUUCAGUUCUGAAGAAGUGCAUCCUCCUUUUGUCUCCGAAA